GGUAACGGUGCUGCAAAACUUACUGUUAAGUAUGGAGAUGUGUUUCUCCACCAACUCGGCUAAUAGCUGAAUUUCGGAGCUGUCGAAAUUCUUGUUUCUAUUCCUAGGUUUAGGUGGAUACGAUGCCAUUUUGACAGACGACCGGAAGUAACGCGUACGUGUUUACGUCAAGGAAUUGUGGGAAAUAUUUAGGGGAAACACCGAAUUUAAUGACAGCUUAAUGAGGACACUUACAUUAAGGCACCAUUAGAUAAUGAUAUGCUAAUAAACGUUUGAUACAACCGAUUUUAAUGAUGCCAUUAACUAAUGGUGCAUUAAGCAUUUAAUGUAUCAUUAGGGUUUAAUGUAGCCAUUAGUUAAUGAGGCUUUGAUACAACCGGGUCCAGGACCCGGUUGUAUCAAACUUUAAUGAUGCAUUAACGUGUCAUUAAACCUUCAUUAACUAAUGUAUCAUUAAAUCCAGUUGUACUAACGUUUUAAUGACGUCGUGGUGUCAUUAGCGCGUCAUUAACUUAAUGAAGGUUCUGGGGCAUCAUUAGCGUGUCAUUAAAAACAAACAUGGCCGCGAACAUAUUGUUUGAACGCUUAGGACGCACAAGGAAAGACCGUGUUUUCAGAAAACGAACUCAACACCUCGAAUCCAUGAGCGAGGAAGAAGUAAGGGCACGCUACCGUUUUGGGAAGGCAAGCAUCGGAUAUAUCUGCGAUCUUGUGAGAGAUGAAUUACAGCCCAAAUCUUCAAGAUCGCACGCACUUAGUGUUGAACUACAGGUUCUGGUAGCCCUACGUUUCUUUGCAAGUGGAAGUUUCCUGCAAAUCACUGGCGACACAAUAGGGAUAGACAAAUCAACAGCCUCACGAGUUGUGAGGAAAGUUUCCCUUGCCAUUGCGUCACUUGUGCCCAAGUUUGUUACCUGGCCGUCCGAGAGGGAUAUAGGCGACAUUAGAAAAGAAUUCUACAAUAUAUCUAGAUUUCCUGGAGUCAUCGGAUGUAUCGAUGGGACACAUGUACGGAUACAGGCACCAUCAGACAACGAACCUGCCUUUGUCAACAGGAAAGGCUACCAUUCGAUCAACGUUCAAGCAGUGUGUGACAGCCAAGGUAAAUUUACUAACUUAGUGGCGAGAUGGCCAGGCAGUACGCAUGACAGCCACGUGUUCAAGAUGAGUAACGUGCGGCAACACCUGGAAACACACCAUACGACUCUACAAGACGGCGUUAUUCUCGGUGACAGUGGAUACGCAUGUCGUCCGUAUUUGAUGACUCCGUAUCUAAAGCCAUCUAGCCCCGAGCAAGAGCGAUUCAACUCUUCCCAUAAAAGAACAAGGUCAACCAUAGAAAGAGCAUUUGGGUGGCUCAAACGGCGUUUCCAUGUUCUGCACGGUGAAAUCAGGAUGAGCCCAGAGAGAGUUUGCACCAUCAUUGGUGCUUGUGCUGUGUUGCAUAAUCUGGCGAUAAUUCUUCGUGAACCCAUGCUGGAUGUUGAUGGAGAGGACGACAGUAACAUUGAAGGGCAAUAUACAGGUCCCGAAGAUGGACGGGGCAUCCGUGAUUACAUCACAAGGCACUAUUUCACUAACUGAAAUGGUCAAACUGUCUCUGCUUUAAUAUAACUAUACAGAAGAAUGCAGAGAUACCAUCUGUUGUCACUGAAGAAAUAAGUUGACAGUG